UCCGUUUGGGCGGCCUCAGAGCCCAACCUCCCUCAACGGCCCCUUCCCGGCCCAACCUCGUCCCCCACUUCCCCUCAUUGCUUAUUCCCAGUCCCAACGCUCGGUGGAACGUAACCAUGGCCACCUUUUUGAGAACCUCCGCGGGCUCGUGACCAAGGGAAAAAGGUGCGAGGGUUCGGGGGCCGGUUUCCGGCUCAUCCGAGGCUGCCUCGUCCGGAUCUGAACUCCCGGGGGCAGCGGAGUUUAGGUCCAUCAACACUACAGGAAUGGCAGAGUUUGGGAUCUCAGCUGGCCAUUUUGUGGCAGUAGUCUGGGAUAGCUCAUCCCCGGUAGAGGCUCUGAAGGAUCUGGUGGAUAAGCUUCAAGUGUUAACUGGCCAUGAGGGCCGAGUAUCGGUGGAAAACAUCAACCAGCUGUUGCAAUCUGCCCACAAAGAAUCCAGCUUUGACUUUAUUUUAUCUGGUGUAAUUCCGGGAAGCACCACUCUACACAGUGUUGAUAUUUUGGCUGAGAUGGCACGGAUUCUUCGGCCUGGUGGCUGUCUUUUUCUGAAAGAGCCUGUGGAGACAGCUGUAGUUAACAAUAGCAAAGUGAAGACAGCAUCCAAACUGUGUUCGGCCCUGACGCUUUCUGGUCUGGUGGAAGUGAAAGAGCUGCAGCAGGAGCCCUUAAGCCCUGAGGAGAAACAGUCUGUCCAAGAACACCUGGGUUACCAGAGUGACAGCCUGCUCUCUGUUCAGAUCACAGGCAAAAAGCCAGACUUUGAAGUGGGUUCUUCUAGUCAGCUUAAGCUUUCCAUUUCCAAGAAGUCUUCUUCAGUGAAGCCUGCUCUGGACCCUGCUGCUGCCAAGCUCUGGACCCUCUCAGCCAACGACAUGGAGGAUGAGAGCAUGGAUCUCAUUGACUCAGAUGAGCUGCUGGAUCCAGAAGAUUUGAAGAAGCCAGAUCCAGCUUCCCUGCGGGCUGCCCCAUGUGGAGAAGGGAAAAAGAGGAAGGCCUGUAAGAACUGCACUUGUGGCCUUGCAGAAGAACUAGAAAAAGAGAAGUCAAAGGAACAGAAGAGCUCCCAACCCAAGUCGGCUUGUGGAAAUUGCUACCUGGGCGAUGCUUUCCGCUGUGCCAGCUGCCCCUACCUGGGGAUGCCAGCCUUCAGACCUGGGGAGCAGGUGCUGCUGAGCAGUGGUAGUCUACACGAUGCCUAGGACCCAACCUGGGACCCUUCCGUUCUUGACCACUUCCUGCCCCUUGAAUCCCACCACUGUCAUUCCUCCCACCCCCUUGGAUUUGCUCACUCUGUUUGAAAUCCAUUUGGGGAAAGGGUGCUUAGUAGACAGAGUGAAGCUGGGAGUGGGGAUGCAGUGGUGUGUAGUGCUGCUACAAAAAGACCACGUUAUAAUGAGGCCCAUUUCAGGGGGACCCAUUUCUUCUCUUAAUGUUAGGAAAGGGGCAUGUGCACUGAGGAGGCCCCAAAUACUGACUGUGACACUCUUGAGCCCAGCAUCCUCGAGUUUUAACACUGUGGCCAAGCUCCAGGCCUUUGCCCGUAUUCUAGGCUCAGCAGUAGUCACCUACGUGUCUUCCAGAGCUGGUGGCUGAUUCAGUAUGCAGUUCUUAGUUACACAAGUCAAGUGUUUCAUGACCUCAGAGCACCAAAGAAAUCAUUCAUUGGUUGCUGUGUUCAUACCAAGUGUCCCUCUGCUCUUUUCAUUCCAGCCUCUAGUCUUUCCCUGGAGCAUUGCAUUUGUGUUCUGCUGUCAUUUAUGUUCUCGUACAUGUAUUAAACUUGUGUAUUUCUGCACACCAGUUGUGGAGAGAGGGUGUGUGUGUGAGAGAGAGAAAGAGAGAGUGUCUGACCUAGUCAUCUGAACUCAACUUGGAUCACUAAACUUUCUUUUUGGAGGGACUCUGUGUCACCCAAAUGGCAAGUCAUACGCUCAUGGAAUAGGUCCUCUCUCCAUCUACUUGAGGAGUCCAGGAUGAUGAGAAUGGAGAGGGAAGAGGACAGAAUCUGGACCCACAAGUCUCUCUCAGCAGGAUCCCCUUUGUUCUUGUCAUCCACCAACACAGACUUGGAAUCAAUCUUGCCAAAUAAACUGGUAAUUAAAAGUGUUAAGUGGUAUCUGUC